AUGUGCAUUGUUGGAGAGCCCCCGAAGAGGUCAAAAAUUGAGUUUGCUCUAGCAUUCGACAAUUUAGAUCUUGGCAGAGUUAAGUUUCCCCAUGAUGACCCUUUGGUAAUCACCCCGGUGAUUGGAAACUCUUCUGUAAAAAGGGUACUCGUUGACAGUGGAGCCUCAAUAGAUAUCUUAUUUCAUGAUGCAUAUGAGAAGAUGGGAUAUUCUGAUUCACAAUUGACACCUUCAGAUAUGCCUAUAUACGGCUUUAAUAACGUGGAGACAAAGAUUGAAGGUAUGAUCCAACUACCCGUGACAAUGGGCACCGAGCCUAGACAUGCCACAUGUAUGUUGAAUUUCUUGGUCGUCAAGGCUUCAUCAACCUACAAUGCUAUCUUUGGGAGGACAGGAUACAUGCUUUUAAAGCAAUCCCAUCCACCUACCACUUGA